AUGGAUAUUGUGUUGGAAACUUGUGAUACUUUUUUCUUCGAUAAAGUAUAUUCAUACCUUUUUCCUGUUGAGCUUGCCUCUACAGUACCACAGCCAUGGAUUGAAUGGUUAGAUUUAUCACCCCCACCAAGUCUAAGUGGUAAUUCCAGUGCUAUAAUAGAUGCUGUUAAACAGACUGUAUUAUUACAAAAUUCUGUAGUCAAUAGGACUUGUCCAGAUGUUUAUGGUCACAGACCUUUCUUAUGGAAUGUUACAGAAGCCACUUUCCAAUCCAUGUUACCUCGUUAUAAUUUAUUCAGAGAAAUGCUUUCUCUAUGGAUAAUUACAAUGGUUUUUGGUUGGCUUCUAUAUUUGUCAAUGGCCACUUUCUCCUACCUUUUUGUUUUUGAUAGAUCCAUCUUCAAUCAUCCACGUUACUUACAAAACCAAAUGAGACAAGAAAUAAAAUUGGCUCUUUCUGCUAUCCCAUUGAUGUCUCUUUUAACUGUUCCAUGGUUCAUGUUAGAAUGUAAUGGUCAUUCUAAGUUAUACUACACUAAACCAAACAUGAAUUGGUUAACUAUUGUAAAGGAAAUUGCUGCAUUUAUUUUCUUUACUGACUGCGGUGUGUACUGGGCUCACAGAUGGUUACACUGGCCAAAGGUCUACCGUGCUUUACAUAAGCCACACCAUAAAUGGUUAGUCUGUACUCCAUUCGCUUCUCAUUCUUUCCAUCCACUUGAUGGUUAUGGUCAAAGUAUCUCUUACCAUAUCUACCCAAUGAUUAUGCCUUUACAAAAGUAUAUUUACUUAGGGUUAUUCACUUUCGUCAACUUUUGGACUAUUAUGAUUCAUGAUGGUAACCAUAUGUACAAUAGCAAGAUCAUUAAUGGUACUGCUUGUCACACUGUCCACCAUCUAUACUUCUCAUACAACUAUGGGCAAUUCACCACUUUAUGGGACAGAUUGGCUGGUUCUUAUAGACGUCCUGAAGAUUCUCUAUUUGACAAGAAUGCUAAUCAAGAUAAGAAAGUUUUAGAAGAACAAUUGAAGCAAUUAGAAAUUGAAAUGAAGUUAGUUGAAGGUGAUAAUGAUGAAAGAGUCUAUGCCACUAAGAAGAAUAUUUAA